GAUGCCCAUUGGCAAGCCUUCUGGUGUGUUCCCUUUUUUUUUUUUUUUUUUUUUUUGCAACGCGCCAAUCUUCUAGCUUUAAUCGCUUUUUACAUCGCAUUCAUAAGCAGAGUCUUGGAGUGCUGCCUACUUGCCUUUAGCGCAAGACUCGCUGGAUAAUUAUGGCUAACCUCACUUCUACGACGGCAACAGUUCCGAGUGACUCGGAGAAGGCAGGUGAUGAGAUUGUCGGAAACAAUACUUAUCAUCCCGGUACUGCCGACGUCGCAUACGAUGAGCUUCAUGUACAAUGUCCGCCUCACACUACAGAGCGAAAGCUCAUGACACGUAUAGACUGGCAACUCAUACCAUUCCUGUGCAUCUUGUAUCUCCUUGCUUUCCUAGAUCGAGUGAAUAUCGCCAAUGCAAGGUCUUUUCAUCUGGCCGAUGACCUCCAUCUCAAGGAUAAUGAGUAUAACACUGCGUUAACCAUGUUCUUUGUACCGUAUAUUAUUGCGGAAAUUCCUAGUAAUAUCUUCCUAAAGAGGUUCUCUCCUCGCAUUUGGCUCCCGACCUGCAUGUUGGGUUUCGGUAUUGCAUCUGUGUGUCAAGGACUGGUCCAGAACUACUCCGGUCUUCUCGCGACCAGGUUUUUCUUAGGCCUGUUUGAAAGCGGCAUGUUCCCAGGAUGUUUCUAUCUCAUCAGCAUGUGGUACAAACGAAGCGAAUCACAGAAGCGGUACUCACUCUUCUUCUCGUCCACCUCCUUGGCUGGGGCCUUUGGUGGUCUUCUGGCCUCUGCUAUAGGAAAGAUGCAAGGCAUCCGGGGAUAUAAUGGUUGGCGAUGGAUCUUCAUACUAGAGGGGCUUCUCACAUGCGUAGUCGCCAUCAUUUUCUUCUUUAUAUUUCCUUCAUUCCCUGAGGAUGCCAAGUGGUUAAAUGAAGAUGAACGAGCCUACAUAAAGGCCCGUCUACAAGUUGAUCAAGGCCGCAAUGCCGCGGAGCGAAAGAUUACCUUCCACGACGUCAUAUCGGUAAUGAAGGACCACCGUGUCUGGCUCGGCGGCUUCAUGUAUUUUGGACUAAUCGUUCCUGCGUACGGUUACGCCUUCUUUGCCCCAACGAUUAUUGGGACGUAUCACUACAACGCUAUCCAAACACAGCUAUACAGCGUGCCUCCUUGGGCAGCGUCUUUUGUGUUUUCACUCCUGGUAGCUGCACUUUCAGAUUAUACACGCCACCGCGCAGCUUUCGCGCUUGCACCGCUCGCUCUAGGCCUCGCAGCUUUUGCUACCCUUCUAGUGGUGCACGAUAACACUCCUGUGCAAUAUGCAAUGCUUCAUCUCGUCACGAUGGGCACUUACGCCAUCCUUCCUAUCAAUGUCUGCUGGUUUAGCAUGAAUCUCGGUGGCCACCAUCGCAGAGCUAUAGGAACCGCGUGGCAAAUCGGAUUCGGUAACAUUGGCGGCAUAAUCUCAACUUUCGCCUUCCUUAACACAGAUGCCCCGUACUUCAAGAACGGCUAUUCCAUUUGUCUUGGAUUUAGCUGUCUGAGCGGCCUCGCGUCGGCCUUGUACCUCGUAUCGAUCUACCGCGAAAACCAGAGGAGAAAGAAGGCCGUCAGGGGAGGGUUGUCGGAGUAUGAGAAGACGGAACUGGGAGAUCUAAACCCUGAGUUCAGAUACAUGUACUAAUCGGCACCUACUUAAGUAACUAGGUAGACAGGUACGUGGGAGAAUUGGAUAUUGUCGGUAGGAUCUUGGCCUAUGUGGAACAUGUAAAGACAGGGCUAGUAGCUUGGAUAACGCUGAUGUAAAAAUUUUGGGAUAUUAUGUCGUUAAUAUAAUGAAUGUAUGGAAGCCCCUAUUCUGCUCCACCGACAAUUCACAACAAAGUCUUGAAUUAUAAUCAAACC